GGAAGUUGAACACCGAAAAAAGAGCACUCGUCGAUUGUAAAGCUGCAGGAAGGAAAACACAAGGAACUGGAUGGUGAUAACGAGGACAGCGCUUUACAUGGCCAGUUGAUUAACCAACGAUUGCUACUUAGAUUUGUAUGGCUCAUGUCCAGUUUACACAGCCGUGGUCAGUAGAUAAUUCUACCAUGUAGGGGAGAGGUGGUCAGCAGGGAUUGGUCAAGGUCCAAGUCCAAGUUGACAAGUGACAAACAAAACUUGGUCAAGCCGACCAUAAACUUGAAUUAGCCAAUUUGAGUGCCAACACAAAUUGCCAAAAUGCUGCAACAAAUUUUACAAGAAAUGUACAUAGACCCAGAGCUACUGGCAGAGCUCUCGGAUGAACAGAAACAAGUUCUUUUUGUUAAAAUGCGUGAGGAACAAGUACGGAGGUGGAAGGAUAGUGAAAUGAAGCUGGAAAUCGAAGAUAAAAAAAAUCCAAGGAAGCGAAAGCCAGGACGAAAGGGAUUUGUGAAGUUCCUUGAGGGUAGCGAUGGACAUGAAUGGGUAUGGGUAAUGGGAGAUCACUCUAACGACAGAAGAAUCGAGGAUAUUUUAGAGGAGGAGGCUAAGACUGACGCUCUCCGAAAGGCAGAACUAGAAAUGGAAAAACUGAGACAAUAUGAAGAAAAGGAUCUGAAGGAACGAUUGGAACUGGAGCAACAGGACGUAGAAGCUGCCAAGAAGAAGUUGGAGGAGGAAAUUCGGAGGAAGAAGGAGGAGGCAGAAAUGUAUCAAUCGAUAAAGGAAGCAAGAAUGGUGGCUCAGCGUCUUGAGGAGGAGAAGAAGAAGGAGGAACAGAAACGUGUGGAAAAUCUGAGACUAAGAGCUUGCAAGAAAUGUGAAGAUCUCCAACAGUCAUCCUUUGCCCAGGAGCGUCGCGUCUCCAUGGAAAAAGUGGAGAAGGCAAAGCGUCGUCGUAGUAAUGAGCUGUAUGUGAGAUGGAAGGAGAUGAGGCGACAGAUUGAAAAAACAGCCGAAGAGGAGUCCCAAGAGGUCGAGGAUAACUGGCACUUUAGAGAGAAGCAGGCUAAGGAAGCAGAGAAACAAAUGCAGACCUUGGCCAAGCGAGCCCGCGAGGAGCAUCGUAAUUCUCUACGACUCACUUCUGGUGUCAUCAGUGCCGCAUCAGCAUUUGCGGAAGGAGUUAAACCUCCACUUCCCCCAAAGCCCAAAUAUCUUACACAAAAUGCCUUGGCUAGUCAGAAUGGAAUAGGUGGUACUAAAGUAUCGAGGAAGAAGCGAAGUAUGCGGCCUAAAAACAAAGACGAUGUGGUCAAGUGGUUCCUGGAGGAGGAGAAACCACAGGGAGUUGGUAUAGACCCUAAAACUAAGGCUGUGGCGACCUGGUUCCAUGGUGUAAUAUCUCGGGUAGAUGCAGAGCUGAUGUUACAGUCUAAGACACUAGGAGCUUUUCUGGUGCGGGUCAGUGAGCGAGUUUGGGGCUACACAAUAUCGUACAGAGCGGAGGACCGGUGUAAACAUUUCCUCAUCGACACCUCCGAGGCCGGUUACCAGUUCUUUGGUGCUAAUCAAGUCCUUCAUGCAUCUCUUCAUGAAGUUAUAGAAUUUCACAAAAACAACCCAAUUACUGUAAUGGGAGGUGAAAAACUCCGCCACCCUGUAGGACAGUCGAAGGACCCACCGGACUAUCAAGGCCUGCUGCAGUCAAAAAUACUGGAGAGUACAUCGCUAUGAUUUAAAACUCUCUACAUUGUACUGUACUAGGAAUUUGUUCUCUGAAGCUUAGCAUGAAUCAUCUUACAACAGUAUCAUAUACAAAUCUGUUGUGGAGCCUUUUUAAAAUUGUAAGAUUUUUGUAUAUCAUCAUAUUUUUAUGUAUAUUAUGGACCAUUUUAUAAAAUCAUUUUAUGUUAUUCCCUAACAAAACAGGUAGAUUUUGAGGAUCCUAUCAAAAAUAUUUUUUUUAAUUAGGUUAUUUUUUUAAUUGUUUUUUUUUUUUUUUUGGUGUUAUUUUAAAAACUUCAUUGUGGUCCCACACUUGGGAUAUUGAUAAAAGUUUGUAUUGUAUUCAUGUUUUAAUGAAUGAUUUUUAUUGACAGUGGAAGAUUGUUAAAUGUAUUAGGAUGAUGAACCAGAGGUCAAAGGUCAAUUGUAUCUUAACAAAUUAAAUGAGCAGCCAUAAUUAAAAUGUUUUUGUAAUGUUUUGAAAUUUUUUUUUUCUUCUUAUUUUUUUUUAAAAAACUUAGAAUGUUAUAGAUUUAUGCAAAACUGAUUAUAAACAUGCAAGGAUGUUCUUUUUCUUGUUUUCACAAGACUUUUUAAUUGUUUUAUCAAAAUAACAUGCCCCACCUGCUUUACAUACAUGUAUACAUGCUUAACUUUUACUAAGAAUAUAUAUUCAGUUUCAUUUAGUAACAAAUCAUGUGAUAUGAGUUUGGUUGUAAGGUAUGCAAUAAACGAGUUUUCGUAUAAUAAAUUGACUUUUUUUUUUAUAUGAGCUUAACUGAUGUCUGUGUACAGAAUUUUUUUUUUUUCUUUGUUUUUGUUUAAAUUGCAAUUAGAAAGGGUAUUGGUCAUUCUUCCAUUUAUCAUUGAUUGGGAUUUCUUGAUAUUAUUAUGAGCAGCAGAUUUUCCCAAGUACACAUAAUAUUUCCCAUCUUGUCUUGAGAAAACAAAUAUAUUGGCGAAAAAAAAAGUAAUGUUUGGAAUUUUCAUACAUUUAUGCAGGCACUUGUUUACCUGGAAGUGAAAAGACAUUUUAAAACAAGCAGUAUAGUUUACAUUGUGCUGUAACACAGGGCAACUGUAGUAAAGUGUGAGAAAUAUGUGUGAAAUUUAUUGAAUAUUCAUAGAGUAAUGGCCUAACAUGUGAAAUUUGUUGAAUAUUCAUUAAGUUAUUGCCAAACAGGUGAAAUUUAUUGAAUAUUCAUUAAGUAAUGGCCAAACUUGUGAAAUUUGUUGAAUAUUCAUUAAGUAAUAACCAGACUUGUUAAAUUUGUUGAAUAUUCAUUAAGUAAUGGCCAAACAGGUGAAAUUUGUUGAAUAUUCAUUAAGUAAUGGCCAAACUUGUGAAAUUUGUUUAAUAUUCAUUAAGUAAUGGCCAAACAGGUGAAAUUUGUUGAAUAUUCAUUAAGUAAUGGCCAAACUUGUGAAAUUUGUUGAAUAUUCAUUAAGUAAUGGCCAAACAGGUGAAAUUUGUUGAAUGUUCAUAAAGUAAUGGCCAAACAGUGAUUUGACUAUAGUAAAGAGAGUUUCUAUAAUUGGCAUCAUGUGAAAUUGACCAUAUCUUUGCUGCCGAUAAAAUAUGACUAUUUACUAGGUUAUAAAUUUUAUAAUUCCAUCUUGGUUGUGUUGUUUAUAAAUAUGAAGACACAAAAAUUGUACCUUUCAAUUAGUUUUAGAUACGAACAUAUAAUUUUGUGUGAUCAUUUACAGUUUUUUGUUCGUGGAAUACGGUUAAAACAGUGUAAAAUUCUGUUCCUGUUGCUUUGGUUCGGUGGUGUAAAUGUUACCUUUAUGAAUUUUGAUAUUAAAAAUCAAAUUGUACCGGUAUAUAUGUGUCAUCUGAGGUUUGGAAUUGUCAAAACUGUGAUUAUUAUUAUUUUCUUUUUAGAUAUUGAUUGGACAAUUUUAAUAUCUUUAUUUUUUUAUUUGUAAACCAUUGUUUUUAAGAUUUUAUAAAAAAAAAAAACACUUGUUAUUGAAACAUAUUAACUAGAGACCAUGUUGUCUGAACUGAUUAGAAAAUGUUUUCAGAAAAUUGUCACUAAACAAAGAUAUCAAAUCAAUACAAUACAAUGUGUACAAAUUUGGUCAAGUUUCUGGAAAAAUAUCUUUCAUGAAAUUGUAGGUUCUGUUUGAUAAAGAUUCCAGAUUUAGACUUCUUCUCAUUCGUAUGAAUUUUAAAAAUAUUUGUGUAUUGAGCUGAUUGUGAUUGUGUCUUGUGGUUGUGAAAAUAUCUUUUGUUUACACGUUUUUCUUCUAAACAUGUAUAGAUCUGAUUAUCAACGAUUUGAGAUUUGUUUUUGAAAUCUUAACAGUUAUGGUAAACAGGAGUUAAUUUUAUGUGUAUGAAUUUAUUUUUAGUACAUUUGAAUAAUAAUGUUUUAUUCCGGCUAUACAAUGUAAUCACUUAAUAAACCUCACAUUUUUACAGUAUACAGGGAAAAAUUUGAUCAUAGAAAUAUAUCCCUACUACAUUGAUAAAACAGGUAUUGUCAAUGUGGUGACUUUUACAUUUCACAUAAGCAAUUCUGAGUGUAUCCAUUACUGUACACUGACUCGAGCCGAAUUUGGCCUCUUUAAUAGAAAGUGAAAAAUUAUGAGAAAGUUUCGCAGCAGCGAAUAUAUAUCCCUCCGACUACAAUGUAUUUAAUCAAAUGGCAUAUUUGUCUGAGGGCUGUUGAUUUGUAGGUAGGUAGGUAGGUAGGUAGGAUAAAUGUUUUUAAGUAAGAAUCUUUAUUACUUAUGAAUGAAAAUAAGCAAUACAUAAAUUUAACAUUGAAUUUAUGUAUAAAAAGUUGUAGAAGGUUGUAUUGUUUUGAGAGAGUAAUACGUAGUGAAAUGAAAUCCAGUGCAAAAUCUGAUUCUCGUAAGUUUGUCAUUGAAAAUAAGAUGUUGUAGCUAUUUGUGAAUAGAUUUGUGUAGGAAUUAAAAACUUCACACUAAACACGAUUUUCUGACUCUUCUACAAUUGAUAUUUACUUCAAUAAAUUAUAAUCACUUAGGUGAUAGGAAGUAUUGAUCUUGUGUAUUAGAGAUGUAUGUUUUGCUUCCUUUAACAUUGAAAUCUUCAUUUCUAGAAAAUUACUGAAUUACCAGUAAAAACAUUUGGAAUGUUGAAAAUAAACAAAUUAUGGUUUAAAAUACUUUUGAUUAUAAAUGGCUUUUAGAAUUUGAAAAUAAAUGGCUUUUAGAAUUUGAAAAAGGAUAUUUUUGAGAAUAAUGCCCAGAUUCCUUUUAAAAAAUAUAUAUUAAAAAAAUCCAGAAAAACUGAACAUGCCAGAUAUUAAGAUCUGAUUAAAAUACAGUUUACAGGUUUCAAUUAUGAGGUAUUUUAUGUCUUUUCAUGGAGAAAUUUAAUCACAAUUUUAAAUAUCUCUUUGGAACAUUUUGUUAUUACUUUUGAUUUUCGUAGUUUGCUCCACUGUAUUUAAUAUUUUGUUAAAUUCAAGGGCCUAGUAGGUAUUGAGAACUUUAUAUGUAGUUCUCAGCCAGAAGUUCACUUCCAGCAGAACAAUAGUAAAAUAAAUAUCACAAUAAUGAUGGGAGAUUUUAGUACAAUGUUAAAUCUGUGAUUCAAUCUAGACACAAAUAUUCUGUAAACAUAAUUGCAUAAUUAAUUUAGCAUUUUGAGGCAAACAAUACAAUUGUUAUAUUACACAUACUAAUUUUUUUUUUCAACAAAAAAAAUCUAAGAUAUUUUAAUGUACAUGUAUAAUUAUAUAUACCGGGUACAUAGUUUGAUAAAUCAUUAUAUUUAUUUAGAUUAUAUGUUAGACAAAAUCCUGGCAAAAUUUCAAGAGGUAUUCCAAAAUGGAAUUGUGAAAUACUCAAAUAAGAAUACGCAUUACAAAGUACAGUAGAGAGAGGGGUCACAGGGUAUAUAGAGCUAGAAAGUAGGGGUAUCUCAAUAGUAAAAAGUCAGAGUAACCUUCAUAUAUAUUUUAUUAUAUCCACAUGUGCCAUACAAUACAUAAGGGCUGUUCCAAAAUUAUCCAGUUGGGAGGGGUGAGGUGUUUUUUUCAGAGACUAGAAAAAUUAAGAAUUUACCCUCAUCACCCAUCAAAUUUUAAAUUUGGAAUAGCCCAAAGUCCCAGUGAAGAAUGUACAAUUCCUGCAUCAUAUUUUUGGGGGAAAAUGUUAAUUUUUCUUUGGAAUUUAACAGUUAACAUUCAAAUUUUAUCCUCUUGUCUGCUGCAUAAAGGAGCAAAAAUGUCUAGAAACUCAAUAUUUUGUAAUAUCGGCAGGGCCAAAAAUGGUGUUUGUUAAAUUUUGCCAUAGUGAGUUUUAACUUCUUCAAAGGAACUACCAUAUAUGGAUAUCAAUCAUAUUCAUUUGACUGAAAGUGUAUAAAAGGGGAUGGGGUCAAAAUAUUUCUUCGUGAACAUGAUUCACAAUCUGUACCUGUUUCAUGGAAUUUUAGGAGAAUAUUUAUAAUUGUCAAAAUAUUUAUGUAACAUUGACUUUUUUUAACAUUGACCAGUCAAAAACAGGAAGUACUACGUGUGUGUGUGUGAUAUGUGUAUGUGUCUUUGUAAUGGUUGUGGUUGAGAUACAGUUUUAUCUGAAUUGAUUUUGGUUGAUAUACGUUUGUGAUGUGAAAAAUGCCAUUGACGAACUUUGCAAUAAUUAGGAUAUUUUAAAAUCUUUUACCAUUUUUUUUUUAUUUUUUUUUUUUUAUUGUGUUAACAAAUUAUGUUAUGAAUACAUAAACAUGUACAAAGUGUAUAUCAUAUAUUUUUGCAAUUAAUUAAUUUUUUUUUUUUUUUUUUUUGAUUUUCUUAAUUAUUUUAGUGAAUAUGACGAUAAUACAAAUUAAUGGACAUAUAUGCGCAAAAUGUAGUUGAGUGAAAUCAGAUACAUGUAUCUCCAAGUGAGUUGAAGUUACAGAUUUUUUUUUUUUAAUAUUUUAGUGGUGAUAGCCAGUUCUCCACAGCUAUAGACAAUCAUAAGGCCAGCAUUCUUAAAUAUAUUAGGGUUACAUCUAGGGCCCAGUACAGGAAAUAAUUAUUGUAAAUGUUCACAAUUUCUAGCUGAUUUACUGGUAAUAAUAACAAACGAUAUUUUACACGAUUUUAAUAAACUGUAAAACCACCCUUAAAGAUUCUACAGCACAGACAGCAUAUACACGGCUUGUCACACAAAUACAUGAAAUAGCAUCCAUUAUAUAGAAUUAUAUCUACAUCUGUAAUUAAAAUUGUAGCACCAACAAAUGAAAAAAAGAUAUGUAUAUUAAUAGCAUUUGAAAAAGUAUCUCUUAUUAGACCGAAAAUGAUAUACCACAUUAGGAUGCAAUUAAUGAUUUAUUCACUCUGAAUUCUAAAGAUGCUAAAAUUUUGGAGGUUGUAAAAAAAAAAACAAAAAAAAAACAGCCUAUUUCUCUUUUGUCAGCUAUGUAACAUCUUAAAGGACUUUUGUGUUUAAAAAAAUGCUUAAAUCAAAGUCUCAUUGUGUUACUCAAGAUUUUUUGUUUUAAUCUCACUUGGCCCAUAAAGAUAAGUAAAUCUUUUAUUUGGCCCAACAUCUAUCCAUCAUCUAUCCAACUUCCACUUUCACUUAAUAAACUUCUAGUCCAGAACAUCUGUCAAAACUGUGACCAAAUUUUAUGUAUGAUCCUUCAACAUUGUGAAACAGGCUGGUAAUUCCAGAUUCUUAGAUUUUUAUUCCCCAAUUUCAGGGUAAAGAUAUUAAUAAACAGAUUUGUACAUCGUUUACUAAGUAUUAGAAUGAUAAUAUUAAUACUAUGACAGACUCGGUAUAUCAGAGAGUGGAUUUGAAACUUUAUGCGAGCUUUUGUAUUUGUUUGUCAAUAAAAUGUUGUGUACAGGUGUUUGUCCAGCUCAGCUUUGCAGGAAAAACGUAUAUAUAACAUAAUUGUGCAUAUCUCUUUUAAAAUACAUUAUUUUAUCCUUAUCUUACAAUAUCGGUACUGAUUUUGUGUAUGAUUACCUAAUACAUGUAUUACAUUACAUGUAUGAAUACACUGUUGGUACUGGUUUUGUGUAUACAUUACAUUAAAUAUGAUAUAACAGCGUACCAUGUUUAUUUUAAAAUAUAUAAAGUGUAAGUCUUUGAUAUUUAGAUUUAUAUACCCAAACUGUAAAUGAAUCUUGAGAUAAAUGAUUUGGUGAUUUAA